AUGAUGUACGUGUCAGGCGAGACGGGAGAGCCCUCGGUCGAGACAACAGGCAUCAUCGAAGAUAUCGUCCGCCAACAAGUCAUCGAGAUUCUCAAGAGUUGCACCGAACUGGCCGCCCGCCGCGGGUCGCGCUCCAUCACCAUCAAUGAUCUCAUCUUCCAGAUUCGCGACGACGCACCGAAAGUCUCUCGGCUGCGCACUUUUCUCUCUUGGAAGGAUGUGCGCAAAAACGUCAAGGAUUCGGACGACAAGGGCGGCGACGCGGAUCUGGGCGCCGGGGAGGAUCCUGUCGGUGGCGUCGUCGCGGGCGGCCCAGUCGAUGACACGGCCAAGAAGAAUAAGAAAGCCAAGGUCGGUCUUCCCUGGGAGCCGGCAUCGUUCUUCCCGGUCGAGGUACCGGAGCGCGAGGACGAAGAAGACGAGGAGGAGGAGGAGAUGAACUACAUCACGCUGCAGCGGCUGCGCAAGGCCGAUGAGCGCACCAAGGCCAUGACCAAGGAGGAGUACGUCACGUGGUCUGAAUACCGCCAGGCGUCCUUCACGUACCGCAAGGGCAAACGGUUCCGGGAGUGGGCCGGCUUCGGCAUCGUGACGGACAGCAAGCCAUCGGAUGAUAUUGUCGACAUCCUGGGGUUUCUGACCUUUGAAAUGGUGCAGACCCUGACGGAGGAGGCUCUCAAGAUCAAGGAGAACGAGGACCAGUACCGCGAGCGCACGGGUGAGAACGCGGGUAAGAAGCGGAAGCUGCCCGGCGGCGGUGGUUUGUUUGACCCGCCCAGCGAGGGGCGGUCUCCCGUCGAGCCGCGGCACAUUCAAGAGGCCUUCCGCCGACUCCAGCAGCGGCCCAAGAAGUCAAGGGCCAUGCUCAACGGAACGAGGCUGCAGCAGCGGACGGCGCUCAAGUUGAUAUAG